CCCUCUCUAACAACCUCGCCAUACUCAGCGUGCUACAACGACUUCAACAGCCUUCACAACAACAAAUCAACAAUGGGUGCCGUCGUCGUGUUCUUCCUGUUCGCCGUUGUUGGUGCUGUUGCUGGCGCCUACAAAUACGGCUACCUCGAUCCCUACGUGGAGCAGCUCCAGCAAGCUAUGGGCCAGAAAAGCGGCAACUAGUGGACGGGACGCAGCGGGAUGUGAUGGUGCAGCGGCAACGGAAGAGAGAAAUAAAAAAGAAAGGGCGGUCUCGAUGCUUCGGAGAGCAGCCAGCCAUCAACAAUCCAAUUAGCACAACUCAUGUAACCAGCAAACAAUGGCUUCUUUUGUGAUAUAUAAAUAAAUAUACACACACCUAAUGCCUUUUUUGCUUCCAACUUGUGUUCCCUUUGCGCAUAUUUUUGUAUACUUUUCCCCCUAUGUUGUGUUUGCGCAUUAUUAUUUUGUCCUAUAUAUUAUGCCUUUGUUUCUUGUUAUUGUAAUAAAUAAAUGACUGUCUUUUACUUAACUGUCACACAGAUUGGCUCUGAGAUUUUGAACUCUAUCCUUAAAGCCAGGAUUUCCCCUUAGAUGUCAAAACGUUGCAACGCUUCUUACCUCAUCCCUGACGGCAACUACAUUGAAUGCCCUAAAGAAGGUGGAGGUGGAUGUCCUGAAGGGCAUGAAUGCUCUCGUCAAAAAGGUGUUUGCUGCCCUACAAAAAGUUGUUUUUUAAAGAAAAAAUUAAAAAGUUUCUCUUCAGAAUUUUUGUGUUCGCUUCCCGACGAUUCCGGUACCUUUGCUGAGGGAGUUCCAGACAAGCCCAGAUUUGCCUGGAGUUCUCAAGUUAAUUCUUGUUGGCGUUUUUCUUAUUAUGGAGCUAAAGGGAAUUAUAACAAUUUCCCCAAUUUUCAAGAAUGCGUGAAUUUUUGUGGAAAUGAAAAAUAAAUUUGAUGAUGG